AUGCUUGUCCGUCUCGGUACACGCACGCUGACCUGUCCCAACUGCGAAGUCGACAACACGGGCACAGUUGCGCUGCAUUCAAAGGUGCUCGGGUCUCGAAUUCCGCUGAUCGCGGGCGACGCGCUUGUGCUCGCCGUGACGCAGCGGAAGACGUACUACCGGCUCAAGAAGGCGGCGGACGCGGCGCACAUGAAAACGUCCAAAGCAGAGCUGCUUCUUCGGAAUGGCACGAUCUACUCCGGGUUGAUGCUCGUCUUGAACGUCCUCCAGAUCCUCAUCGCCUUUGUCGAGCAAGUUGCUUUCAUGGGCGACAUCGUCGACAUCCGCAGCCGCAGCCUAAACUCGAACCUCGUCUCGCGCUUCCUCAUUAACUUGCGUGCGCUCGACGCACAAUAG